ACGUCAGCUAUAAGUCAAAUUUAUACUUGAAACUUUAUUUUCUCAAUCGUGCAUUCGAAGGUCCAAGCAUGGCGUUUGACAGAACUGAGAGAUUUGUGAAAUCAAGAACGUCAACUUCCGCUUAUGUGGGUCCGGGAUCUUAUGAUAUAUCGGAACUGUCAAAGCCACCUCGAGAUCCGGACAACGCUUAUCCAUUUUUGAACGGAACUAGCAGGCAGACAGUCGGCAUACCAAAAGAUGUGCAUAAGUUUCCAGGUCCCGGCUCUUACAAUAUAGAGGCGCCACGAAAACAUAUACCAAGCGGCGUUAGCCACGAUUACACUGACGUUAGAUUUAAAGAAAAGGUGCACGAAGGACCAAGUCCGGCAGAAUACACCUUGCCGGACGAUCUAUUUAAAGAAACACCACGGAAAAUAAGAUCUCAUUCGGGCACUUGGCGAGGUCCUGCAGGCAAACUAUGGCUGAUUCGUCCUCCGCGAUCGACAAUAACGUCGGGCCCGGCCGUUCCUUCGAAACGCGAUGUCUACGGAUACGACUACAAUGAACAUGGCAUACUUGUGAAAAAUCCGGUCAUCAAGCUUGAACCGACCGAUUUUUACGAUAUUCCCCGAGGGGUAAAAAUUCUAUGCCUUCUGUUUGUGAAAGAUCUCGCGAAACGAUUAUUCAUACUGCAGGAGACAAACUUUACCACUCUGAAGUACAAAGGAAACUUUUGGAGCAGAAUGAAGGGUAGAGAUGACGAACGGACUUCCGUGACUCCGGGUCCCGGGGACUACGAACAUGAAACAAAGAAAAGCCUUGCUCAAAUCCGCGCCGAGAAAACCAGAGAGACGAAAAGAGGCGCCGCUAAGCAGCCGCGUUUCUUGGAAGCUUUGUGCCAGCAAAAAUUGCGCCAAAAUUUUCCAGCUCCCAAUUGUUACGGCCCACCGAGAAGCGUGUUCGAUAGGUACCAACGUAUUCGAUGCAAGUGUAAUCCGUAUAUGGUGGCACCGCCACCGUUUAAUCAAACCACACAAAGAUUCGAGCACGGUUUUCAAUCAGAAACGCCUGGACCUGGAACAUAUGAAAUCGUAAAUCGACUAUUUUGUUUCGGUUCGAUUCUCAAUGCACCUUUCGGUUCUUUCGAUACUCGUUUCCAGAAACUCGAGGUUAUGACAACACCAGGACCUGCGGAUUAUCACACUGACGUAGGAAAUAUAGCCUUCGAGUCUGUAAAACGUUACAAAGGUAGGAAGAGAAAACCGAUUACUUAUCUCGAUGUUCAUAAAACACCGACAUCGAUAAACGACGAUGAUAAAUCAACGUUGACUGAUAAAUACAGUGUAAUGGAUGAAGAAAAAUCUGCGGUGCAUCACGCAGUCUUUAAAUCAAGAGUAGAUAGAUUUCCAAAAAUUUGUAAAGACGAUAUACCGGAUCCAGGUGCUUACGAAGCUUUAUCAGCCUUCAAGGCUAAUCGUGAUAGAUGCGAUUUCCUUUGCCGACGAUUAGCUCCACCCUUCGGCUCACGUGCCAGUCGGUCUACGAUGAUAUCAAAAGACGUCGAUUUCCAUGUACUAUGUACAGAUCGAUUUGCAGGACCGUCGCAUUACGAUCUCAGGGGAGACAUAUCAAAGAAUGUGAAGAGCGGCGUGAUAUGCAGUGCUCCUCGUGAGAGGAAAGAGGAUAUCAAAGGACCAAGCCCGGCGCAUUACCACAUAAAUCCGUACAUUACGUCAUCCGUUUUGAAAAAGUCAUUCAAUGUUACUCUGGGCAAAGCGAGAUCUGCAAAUGAUAUCAAUGAGAUCCAGAGACCGUGGCGUUAUCGGCGAUCGAAGAAAGUUCUUCGAUGGUUUGCCGCACCUCUCAAAAUGCAUCAACAUUGUAUCUAAACAAUGUUGUCUAAAAUUUCAGUCGACUGACAAGUUGACGGAAAAAAUCUUGCGCCAGUUUUAUUAUUCUCUAUUAUAAAAUUUUAUAUUUUAUCAAUCUUCACACG